AGCAGCACAGUGAAGUAUUGAGCACAGUCAGACUGUGCAGCUGAAUGCUUUACUCCGACAAAAGGAAUGAAUAGACGAGACAGGAAUUCACAUGGCAAGUGAAUGAAUCUUAAGGACGUGUUUAUCUCUUUGGAUAGCAGAGCUUUCGCUGAGUUCGUCUGUAGUUAAACGGGAAGAGAGCGCGAAACAAGCCUCAGAGAAGUUUCACAUUUGGCAUAGGCUGGAAGGGAGAGACAUUUACAGGUACAUAUGGGCCAGGGAGAGGCAUCAGCUAGAGGUACAAGGAUGGAGGGGGACUGUCUCAGUUGCAUCAAGUACCUCAUGUUCAUCUUCAACUUCUUCAUUUUUCUUGGAGGUGCAUUCCUGCUAGGGGUGGGUAUCUGGGUGCUGUUGGAUCCAACUGGUUUCCGGGAGAUUGUUGCAGCCAACCCUCUACUGUUUACUGGAGUCUAUGCAAUUUUGAUCAUGGGCGGUAUGCUCUUCCUCCUGGGCUUUCUGGGCUGCUUUGGAGCCAUACGGGAAAACAAAUGUCUGCUACUGUUUUUCUUCAUGCUCAUACUCAUCAUAUUUCUGGCUGAACUGGCGGUGGCCAUUCUAGCCUUCAUAUUCCGCGAGCAUCUCACCAGAGAUUACUUUACCAAGGAACUGAAGACACAUUACCAAGGCAGCAAUAGCACUGAUGUCUUUACCUCCACAUGGAACGCCAUUAUGACCACAUUUGAUUGUUGUGGGGUGAACAGUGCAGAGGACUUUGAUGAUCAGAGCCUCUUCAGACAGCUGAACCCCAGCAGACUGUUGCCGGAGGUCUGUUGCCAGAGGAACGAUCUGAUGAUGAGCAAAGAAGAGUGUCUCAAGGGAAUCAUGCCAAUCCGUAACAAGGGCUGUUAUUCAGCAGUAGUGGACCAUUUCGAGACGUACAUCUAUAUGGCUGGAGCUCUUGCUAUUGUGGUGCUGACUAUUGAACUCUUUGCCAUGGUGUUUGCUAUGUGUUUGUUUAGAGGAAUUCAGUAAUCAAGACAUGUUGUACCUAUGAAAGGACAUUUCGAGAUGGAAAAUGGCAUGGCAUAGAAGGCCAUUUUUUUUUUUAAAUGAAAAAGAAGUGAAACACUUAUAUAUUUGUCAUCUUGUAUUUUUAAGUUGGAAUUAUUGAGAACUGCCAAAACUUUACUUUACAGUUGGGACUUUUAAAAAGUAUAAGUAUCAAAUUCAUAAAGGGCAAUAUCUCAGUAGCCCUUUAAAGAUAAUAGAGGGACACCUUGCACUGAAAGGAUUGUAUAUUUAUAGAUGACUGAUUUGUAGAUAUUUUACCUCUUGUCUAGACUAUUCACCGCUGUUCAAGAGCCAAAUCUCUACACAGUGUGAAUGGAUGUGUUUAAGUCUGACUAAAAGAGACAAAGAGAGGAACUGUGUGUGUGUUUCUGUAUAAACUAUCAGAGGCCAGCAGCUUCUAUAAAGUAAUGCUUUGUGUGUUGCAACCGUGAAUGUUUUAUGCGAUUUUAGCAAAAUUGUGAUAUUUGCUUUUGUGCUGUAUCUAUUGUAACUACAUGUGACAUUGACUGAUGUAUGACAAAAAUCACAUCACCUCUGUGAACAAUUUUCAAGAAAUAUCUUUUUUACAUUUAUUAGUACUCAUUGAUUUAAAAAACUAAAACAUAAAAAACAUGGGUUAAAGGAUAGUGGUUUAUAAUUUUUGCACAAAGAUAGUUCAGUGUAUAGUGAUAGUUCAUAUUUCACUAUUUUUCUAAUGGGUUCAACCUGGCCAUUCAAAUAGCAGAUAAAUAUUUAUAUAUAUAUAAGCUUCAAGAACACAUUACAUAAAUUUUGCAGCAUACACUAAAUACUACAUAAACCAAAUAUGGUUCGAAGGAGCAUGUCUAUAGACUGGAAUGCUAAAUUGUGCAACUCUUAUCUCCAGUCGGAAGGGGCACAGGGGCAUAAAUAUUGCAGACUGAAACUCACAAAUCUUGCACGACAAGCAAGAUAAGCUUGCUUGUAAAACCAACCAAACAUGACUCCUGUUGACUGCAAAAAGGAAAAUAAAGAAAUGUUUUCAUACAAGUGUUACAAGCUACAUAGCCAGAAGAACGUAUGAGAUAAAUAGCCCAGGCAGUGCAACACUCUCAACUGAUGGGACAGCAAGAAACGUACAGUACUUUGGCAUGGUGAGCAGCCAAAAAUGCUUUCAUCCCAGUUUCAUCUUGUUCUAUGCCACCCACCACUUCUACAUUUAAUUAUUAUUUUGGUACCUCUAAGAAAAAGACACAUUCAAGUUAUGGGUGCCAAAAUUCAGUCCUUUAUUACUUCUUCUCCAAAAGGCCUAAUGCACAAUUUUCACACCUGUGUUUUAGCAUAUCGCACAUGCUUGUCAUUGGUUUGGCUCCCAGAACGAGUUUCAGAGACAUGUGUAAAAGUGCCAUCAUUCAUUAACCACUAGAGGACAUGUUUGCUAAUUUAUAUUUUCUUGACUAUCUGUAAAUGACCUGUAAUUUUGUGUAUCAUGUAUUUCUGAGUGUUACUGGCCUGUGUUUAUGAUUAUUGAAACUCUGUGAUUGUGGAAGGUUUGUCCAAAAAUAAAUAAAUAAAUACAAAUAAAAAAUAGGUUU